AGAACCUUGUCAAAACAUCACCAUUUGUCUUGCUCUUUAAAUCUGUUGGUGGCACCUGAAAUUAGCCGAGAAACCGAAAAACUUAAUUGCAGGAAGGGAAUGUUAUUAAUUUUCAGUGAAACAAAGAAAUGAAAUAUAUUCAUGUCAAUUCAUCAUCACACCAACUAUUGAUCUUGUAUUAAUUCUAGUGCUCGGUUCUUGUCGAAAGAUGAACACUUUAUAGCAAAUCCAAGAUUACUCAUUUCAAAUUUGGGAUUAUUUUUGCUUUCUAUUGAGAAUUUUGCGAUAGUAUUGGGGACUUAGGCAAAUGGGUUGGAGAUAUAAAGCUGGGUUGGGAUUGAUUGGCACAGUUGUGUUCAUAUGGGUUACUUCUGCAGAGGUCACUCAGAAUAUCUUUGAAAAGUACAAACAGCCAUUUGCACUAACAUAUCUUGGAGUGUCUCUUAUGGUAGUCUAUCUACCCAUAGCGCUUGUAAAGGAUUGGUUCUGUAGCUUGUUCCAGACCAACUUGUUAAGGAAUUUCUACAGAGGGGACUCUUCUUCUGGACUUACUAUACCUCUUAGAAUCAAUGAUGUGCACCAAGGCCCAGAAACCGACACCGGUUGCUGCCUAAUCACUGACAAGGAUCUCAGUGAAAGGGAGGAGGGUUGGCCUGUGACUGUGAAGAAAGGGGAAAAAGAUCCUCCUUUGCUCCAACCGUAUUGCGAACCUAGUUCAUGGGAAGUUGCCAAGUAUGGUUUAUAUCUUGCUCCAAUCUGGUUUAUAACAGAGUAUCUAUCAAACUCGGCUUUAGCAAACACAAGUGUUGCAAGUACAACUGUCUUAACUUCUACUUCGGCGCUCUUUACUCUUUUCUUUGGAGCUAUUCUUGGCCAGGACUCCAUCAAUACUGCAAAGUUGGUUGCUGUUUUUAUCAGCAUGGCUGGUGUUGCCAUGACCACAGUUGGAAAAACUUGGGCUGCAGAUGAAGCAUUGAGCAUCUCUGAGACAAGAAGACAUUCCAUCAAAGGGGACAUACUUGGUCUUUUCUCCGCAAUACUGUAUGGCUUAUUCACAGUGCUGCUCAAGAAAUGUGCUGGAUCAGAAGGCGAGAAAGUUGAUAUGCAAAAAGUCUUUGGUUACAUUGGUCUCUUUACUCUUUUAGGGCUUUGGUGGCUUUUGUGGCCAUUACAUGCUGUGGGGAUUGAACCGACAUUCAACUUUCCACAUUCAACUUUCAUUUAUGAAGUUGUGCUAUUAAAUGGCGUUGUGGGAAGUGUUCUGUCAGAUUACUUUUGGGCACUUUCUGUAGUUUGGACUACUCCACUGGUUGCAACAUUGGGCAUGUCAUUGACAAUACCUCUUGCAAUGGUAGCGGAUAUGGUUAUACACGGGCGUCACUACUCGGCAAUCUACAUCUUGGGAUGCAUUCAGGUUUUUGCAGGUUUUGUUAUAGCCAACAUUUCGGACAAAAUUUCGGUCAAGCGGGAGUUGUAGCAGCUCUGUACUGGUUUUGACAAGCAGCAUAAUCUUGUGAAUUGGGAGUGUUACGGUUACAGUUACACGAAUCUUUGAAGAGUGAACUUUAUCUUCCCCGUUUAUAAUGUGCAGAUAAAUACUACUGUUAGGAUGCUCGUUAAGAGCUCCUCCUCUUUAUUAAGGUAGUUUCCUAUGGAAUUUCAUCUGAAUGGUGGAAUAAAUUGCAAGAUCAUGAUUCUCAACUUAAUAUGUAGAUCAUGUCCUUUUUGUUAAUUAAAUUUCUACAUCUUGGAUCCA